CCGAUUUGUCUCGGGCAGUCGCUCUCUGCUUAAUUAAAAUUCAUUUCACGGUGCUGCCCGAUUUGUUCUGCGCAUGUCUAAUGUUUUACGACACACGUCAUUUGUCUGGUUUGACUUGUAUAUGGAGAAGAGUAUUGCUGCAGACCGGAGACAUUAUGGGCGAAUCUGAAGGCGGGAUAACUGUAAAUGGAAGUGGAUAUUAUUGGCUAAUUCAGAAUUUCAACGAAUGAGAUUGUUGUUAAAGUAUGACAAUCAAAAACUCACUCAACGUUUGAAGUUGUCUAUCAAGUGUAACUUCCACCAAUCUUUUCACAGUUAGUGAUCCCUACCGCUUUGAGGUUCCGCCUCAUAGAGUUUCUUUUGAAAUAGCCUUGCACUGUACUAAGCAACGAAACUCUGUUAAAGAAAAGAAAACAAAGACGAAGCAGCAGCGAAGAAACUCUAUUAGACCAAAGAAGAAGCGACGAAACAAAUUGCUUGUUAUUUCUGACAAUGGAAGAUCAUAUCACGAUCAAAAAUACCACAGACAUUCCGUCCGUACCUCAAUCUUCAGAUGUGUUUUUGUGCCCUUUCUGUCAUCCGCGACUGUAUUCUUCACGCUCGUAUAUACGAGCAAUUAAACACUUGUGAGAUCACCGCAGAACAGCAGUUUCCUACGGAGGCUGUUGUAUCUCGUAAGGUAUCGUCCAAAUGGUUAAAAAAUUAUGAAAAUCCUAAAGGUCACCGGGUAAUGAGUUAUAUAGAAGAUGAGGAGCUGAUAGAUGGCCUCUACAACUUCUUGGAUGAAGUGCUGUCAAGAGCUGUAGGCACUUUUGAGAGGAUUGUCAGAGAUCGCAUCAUUCUGGAUGUGCUGAUGCCAGAGGCUCUUAUUAAAGCUAUACAAACAGUUGAGAGGAUUUCUCUGCCAGAGGCAGAAAAUCUGUUCAUGGAUGGACCAGUAUACAGUGAGUGUGAGUGGGAAGAGUUUGACAUACUUGUUUUGCAACAGUUGGAAGCACAAGAAAAGCACCACUGAGGCAUUUAAACUCAUGAUUACAUCUCAACCCUACUCAAAUAAAUGUUUCUCUUUCUUUACUUCUCUUUUGCCUUUUUUAUUUCUCUGUGUUAAAAUGACUGUGCAUAAUAGAGUUGUAUAUAUUUAAUGUAACUAUUGAUGUAAAUAAUAAAGGACACUCUGUUAUUGUUAAAGAUUGUUGAUUAAGUUCUGUAUAUUUGAAAUUGCGUGUCUGUUUUUAGACAAUUGAUGUCAUCUGGAUUUUUUCUUUAAUUGUUAUAACUGCUUUGUACAGUUGUUAUGCAUUUUACAUUGUUGUUUUAUUUAUAUAUAAUAUAUAGAAGCGGGCAUGCUGUUGUUUUAAUACUUCAGUAUAUUCCUUGAUCAGUCUGUUUGUUAAAUUUAAUCUUUGUGCAUUCUUUCUUUCAAUUCAACUGACCAAUCAUUAUUGAUAAUUGUAAAUAUUUCUUGAAAUUGUUGCACAAUUUAUAUUGAAUAAUUAUUAAUAAAAUCUUGUUUUUGGUAGU